AACAAUAGAAACGCGUAAAGGCUAUAGUCAAGGCUUACGCAAAGUAAACAAAUAUUGCUUGUGUUGUUUUCUUUUCGGUCCAUCACAAAGUCUGCCCACGUCCAGAUGCCGCCUACACAGUUCCUGAAGCAAUCCAAAACAAAAAUGCAGGCCUGGGUAACCAGCAAUGGGCUCAAUGGUAGCCAGCCUGCUCCCACCGCCUCUGCCUCCGGACCAGGACAUGAUACUCAGGGCCAGAGUCAUCUUCCCCAGCGCCACGUCUUGUUACAACCACCGGCAACCCUGCCAAUCCAGACGACUCAGAAGACCCAAACAAUACAAGAAACGACCCAGAACUCACCCCCACGAUCACGCGCCCCCAUCGUCAACGCAAACUCUAACAGAGCUGCCGCCGCCGCCGCCGCUCGGCUACCCGUUCCGACCGGUCGUACUAGUCAUGCCCGAGAUACGUCACUUAAUAUGUCACGAGCAAGGGGCGUCGCCUCCGAACCUAUUCAAUCUUCUUCCAGGAGGCCAGCACCAUUUUGGGAAGGGUCAACUGUCGACGGUUCCUUGUUUAGCGACAGCGGUAGUAACCCUGAUGCGAACGCGGCCGCCGCUUCUGCAUAUCGGUUUCGUGUGCCUACUUACCAACACCAACAGAGAGGAGACACCCCCCAACCUCGCCCUAUCGUUAAGGAUAAUGUCAAUAUACCGGAUCAGUAUGCUCCAUUUACCAUAGGACCGAACGGCUUGAUAGACGUAGUAGGUGGUCCUCUUACUAGGAGUGCUUCAACACCAGAUGCUAGGGGUCAUCGUAUCGGUCUGAAGGGAAUAGUCGCCUCCCCCGAUCCUGAACCUGAACCUGAUCAAGAGUCGGAGGAUAGCCCAUACCAGAGCCCAGAGAAGACGCCUUCUGCCAAGCGGCUCCAUCAUCCGAAGGCCCUAACUUUACGUACUAACCGCCGUGGUUCCUUUUCAGAAAGAGCUGCUUAUCCUCAAGUAGAGAAUAUCGUAUCCUCACCUGCACGCCAACCCUAUCAAGACCCCAGUAAUGACCUAGACGAAGUACGAUCGGAGAACUCUAUCCAUUUGAGAGUGAAAACACAGCACGACCCCCAACGUUCAACCAUAUUUGCCGACACCGAUACUCCUAUGGUGAGCCAUCACGACGAAUCAGAAACCGAGAGCGUGAUCGAACCGCCACCUCCACCGAAGCCUGUGACGAAACCCAAGCUUCACCUGAGUAGACAGCUUUUCGCUGCGGGGAGUAGUAAGGCCCGAGCAGGGCUUAGCGAAAGCGCCAUGCCUCGUCCAUCGGCAGAUAAGCGCCCCUUUAACUCAAGAAAGCGCCAACACGAAACAGACUAUGAUGACGGCGCUUUAGCAGCAAUGGACUACGCAGAAUUGAAAAAGGAAGCAUUCGAUUUCGACCCGGCUCAAGCAGAGGCACAGUCAGCGAUAGGACCACCUCGAGGCACCCUACCAGAGAAACUUGAUAUGUUCUUCGACAAAGACCAGCCAAGUCAGACAGAGUUCUUCUCUAAAAUGACCAUCAACGACUGGGAGGCCUCCGGUGAUUGGUUCCUCGAAAGAUUCGGGGACGUCAUGCACCGACUUAGAGAAGCCCGUCAAAUGAAGCGAUCUGUGAUUGAGGGCUUCGAGAAUGAAAUUGCUGAGCGAGGUGAGGCUGUUAGGAAUAAAAUUCAAGGGAUCGAUUAUACUCUUGCAGAACUUAAAAGCGAGGGUGAAGGCAUGAUGAUAGGGAAGGAGUUCGAUUGAGAUGGAUGAACCGCAAAACAGUAUAUUAAUCACCACUUCAUCGGGUUGCUAUGGUCAACGAAUUUUAUGAACUCGGAUUUCAAAGGGACAUCCGGGAUGGUUUAUGAAUGUGUAUUAACUUGGUCGGUCGGACUUGC